AGAUCACGUGUGCACACCCGAACUUUGUAUUGGUUCCUAAACUUAUGACGUUUAUUGAAAAAAAUGCACAUGCCAUGAAACAACCUUUUGGAACUCCCGGGUAUAUUCAACGUUCAUCACAUGUUCUGAAAUUGUGACUCAAGACGGAGAUAGAUACUGCAAUGUCUGAAGAACAUACCAAGCUGCCAAGCUCCGAGCGCAAAACACGGACGCGACGACAAACCCGGUCUCAAUCCCAACCUCAAACCCAACCUCAAACAGACUCUCAGCCUCAAACCAGGUCCCAAACCCAGUCCCAACCCCAAACCCAGUCCCAAACCCAGUCUCAACCCCAAACCCAGUCUCAAUCCCAAACCCAGUCCCAAAGCCAGAGUAGUUCGAGUUCGUCAUCCGUUCCUGCCAGCCAGUCCUCAUCCACAUCAGGCACCGUGAGCUCCGUGGACACCAUCCCGGUCCAAGACCUGUCUCCCAUCCGUGAGGAGCCUGAGCCCCGCCCCUGGGGCCGCCUGCUGCCCCUGCAUAAGCGCUUCAGAGUCCUCAACUGCAUCGAGGAACAGUACUGGUUCGGUCGUGACUCCAAAUGCGAUUACUGUUUUGAGGAUGGCCUGCACAAGAACUCCUCCAGGUUCCAAACCUACAGCAAAAAACACUUCAGGAUAUUUAAAGAGGAUGAUGUCGUCUAUUGUGAGGACCAUAGUGGCAACGGCACAUACGUAGACGGUCAGCUCAUUGGGAAAGGGAAAAAGCUUCCCUUAGCUAACAAUGCUGAGUUGGCUUUGACUGACAGUCGCAAUAAAGCGUUCAUGUUCAUCGACCUGAUGGCUGAUGAACAGUCCAACCUGCCCAAGGAGUUUAGAGACAAGUACAUAAUCACCAGAAAUAUUGGGAAGGGUGUGUGUGGGGAGGUGAAGCUGGCCUUUGAAAGAGCCACCUGUAAAAAAGUGGCCGUCAAGACCAUCAAGAAGAAUGACUUCCCAUCUGUUGGGAUGGCCACGAGAAACGCUGAGAGAGAGAUUGAGAUCCUCAAGAGGAUCGACCAUCCCUGCCUGAUUAGGACAGAGGACUUCUAUCAGACCGAUGAUUCCUACUACAUCGUUCUGGAGCUGAUGGAAGGAGGAGAACUGUUCAACAGGGUCAAGGCCAAGCAGCAAAUACCAGAGCCCAUCACCAAGCUGUAUUUUUACCAAAUGUUAAAGGCCGUUGAGUACCUACACAACAACGGCAUAAUUCAUCGAGACCUAAAGCCUGAGAACAUUCUUCUGUCCUCCCACGAAGAUGAGUGUUUGAUAAAGGUGACAGACUUCAACCAGUCAAAGAUCUUGGAGGAGGAGUCUCUGAUGCGGACGCUCUGUGGAACGGCUACGUACCUGGCGCCCGAGGUGUUUACGGACGCUGCUACCGUGGGUUACAGCCGGGCCGUGGACGCCUGGAGUCUGGGGGUCCUGCUGUUUGUGUGUCUAGGUGGCUACCCUCCUUUCCACACUGACUGGUCCAAUUUAUCGGUCCCUGACCAGAUCACUCGAGGCAUCUUCACUUUCAUCCCGUCCAAAUGGAACAAAAUAUCAGCGCCCGCCAGGGACCUUGUCAAGAAGUUGCUGGUUGUGAACCCCACCCAGCGCCUCUCCAUAGAGGAAGCCCUGAAGCAUCCCUGGCUGGAGGACCCCAACAUGAGAGACAAGGCCCACAGCAUCAUGUACCCCAACGCUACGGCGCUCGCUGCAGGAGACUCCGAUGACCCCGACACGUGGUCGGAUGGUGCGGGCGGACCGUCCGACAGAGCCGCCGCGCAGUCCGACAUUGCCGCGACGUCCACCUGCAGCACCGCCAGCACCAUCUCAGGCACCAGGAAGAGACCGAGAGAGGACACCGAGGACGACCAACCGCCCGACAAACGGCAGGGCCCGUUCACAGCCACCUGAUCCGUUUCCACGGUUACUGAUCUGAAAAAUCACUGGCAUGCCUUGAUCGGUUCAUUCCUCUGUAAUUCCUUAUAAUCCCCCUGAUCUCAUUUGUCUCCAAUCACUGUUGAAAUUUCUCCUACUCAUCCACAUGCACAUUGUUAACGUACGUGUCUCAAUGUGGUGUGUGUGUGUGUAUAUAUAUAUUUUUGUACUACAGGUAAAUAAAACCAAUUUUAUUUAGGCGA